AUGCAUAUAAGCUUGUCAAUCUGCAGCACACCAAAAAGAUCAUCUCGAGAUAAUCCGUGCAACUUGCUAAUAAAGCUCACAAAAUUGUUCAUAGUUUUACUGCUAAGCAUCUAUUUAUUUGAUGACAUUUCUACAUACCGUGAUACUCAAGUUGAUAGCUUUAAACUAAGCGUGCCAUUCACAAAUGUCCCAAAGACAAGCCAGAGAAAUGAAAGCCUUAAGUACAUUUUAUUUUGGACCACGUGGUGGUAUUUUCCACUUUGGUAUAUGGGAAAGGAAGUGCAAGGUGAAGAGUAUUUAAAGUCUAUCGACUGUCCAGUCACAAACUGUGUGUUUUCACAUGAUCGCCACUUGCUGCCUCGACCAACUGACUAUGAUGCUUUGGUCUUUCAUGUUGGUGAUUGUCUUGAUAUUGAUGAUUUGCCGUCAGCUAGGAGAGAAGAUCAGUUUUAUGUUGUGGCUGAUGAAGAAACUUCUUUCUUUUCCUGGCACAACUUCAAGUUGGAUGAUAACUUCUUCAACAUGACACUAACGUAUCGACUUGAUGCCGACAUCCUUUGGAACUAUGGAUUAUUUAUUGACAAAGAGACUGGAACUUGGUUCCUUUCGCACUGCAAUACCAACUCGAAUCGUGAUCAUUUGGGAAAAAAGAUUCAAGAAUAUAUGAAUAUUGAUAUUUAUGGACUAUGUGGCAACCUUACAUGUCAAAUUCCAAGCAUUUAUAACGAAACAGCACGUCGGACAUGCACAGACAUGCUGAAUUCAACCUACAAGUUCUAUUUAUCAUUUGAGAACUCAAUUUGUACUGAUUACAUGACUGAGAAGGUGUACCUGAAUAUGGACAACUAUAUUGUGCCAAUUUUAUACAAUGGAAUCACAGACAUGCAGCACUUCCUCCCACCACACUCAUACAUUCAUGUCAAUGACUCGAGCAGUGUCGAAGAUCUCGUCAAUUAUCUCAAAUAUUUAGACAAAAAUCCACAAGAAUAUGCAAAUUAUUUCUGGUGGAAGAAGUAUUACAAAGUGCUCACUAAUGCUCACAGCUAUGCUUACUGUGACAUGUGUAUGAAAGUGAAUGAAUGGAAUACAAAACAAAAACGACAGUCUUAUAAUGAUUUGAAUGGUUGGUUGACUCAAAAGACUUGCUAUAAUAUGAGUAAAAAUUUCUAA